AAAAAAAAAAAAAAAAAAAGGAAGAAGGGGGGUCACCAAAUCAUGAUAUAAAUAAAUUUUUAAAAAUCCCAUUUCUCUUUAAUUCUUGUCUUUGUCUUUCUCAAUUCUCACUCCUCAUUCCUCACGCAAAAUAUUCUUAAAAUCUGCCCCCCAUUUUUAUAAACUCUCUGAUUCCAACUUCUCUUUCUCUCUCUUAAUCAACCACUCUCUAUCUCUCUUAAAAGUGUCUUAAAGUUUCUGCCUUUGUUUGUUCAACUGCUUUAGGAACUUACAGUCUCAUACACCAUUCCCAUUAAACUAAAAUAUACUCUGUUUUUAUCUUUAUUUUUAUUUUUUCUAAUUAACUUUGAUUGGGAACUGUAUUUGCAAAAGUGGGGUACUUGAUUGAAUCCCUUGAAUUAUCAACAAAAAUGAUAUUGUGCUUUUAUUGAAGGAGUUUAUGAUGGAUCCAGAAAGUGGGCUUUCUCAAAUUCAAGAAGUAAAGAAGAAGGAAUCAUGGAGACAAGUUCUGAUCUUGGCCUAUCAAAGUUUAGGAGUUGUGUAUGGAGAUUUGAGCACAUCCCCACUUUAUGUUUACAAGAGUGCAUUUGCAGAAGAUAUUCAACAUUCUGAAACAAAUGAAGAGAUUUUUGGGGUUUUGAGCUUUGUUUUUUGGACAUUAACAAUUGUUCCAUUACUCAAAUAUGUGUUCAUUGUUCUUAGAGCUGAUGAUAAUGGUGAAGGAGGGACAUUUGCUUUGUAUACCCUACUUUGUCGACAUGCUCGAGUUAAUUCACUCCCUAAUUGCCAAUUAGCAGAUGAAGAUUUGUCUGAGUAUAAAAAAGAUGGGGUUGUUAUUCCUUCUGAAUCAACUAUUGGGUCAAGGCUUAAAUCAAUUUUGGAAAAGUAUAGAGUUUUGCAGAAAUUGUUGCUUGUUUUAGCUUUGAUUGGAACUUGUAUGGUGAUUGGAGAUGGUGUCUUAACCCCAGCAAUUUCUGUUUUUUCAGCAGUUUCUGGGUUGGAGCUUUCAAUGUCACAUGAGCAUCACAAAUAUGUUGAAGUCCCAGUUGCAUGCAUUAUACUUAUUGGCUUGUUCGCCCUCCAGCAUUUUGGGACCCACCGAGUAGGAUUCUUGUUUGCGCCUAUAGUCGUGACAUGGCUUUUCUGCAUCAGUGCCAUCGGUUUAUAUAAUAUUAUACACUGGAACCCACAUGUUUAUCAAGCACUCUCUCCCUAUUAUAUGUACAAAUUUCUGAAGAAAACGCAAACCGGUGGUUGGAUGUCUUUGGGUGGAAUUUUGUUGUGUAUAACAGGUUCAGAGGCUAUGUUUGCUGAUCUCGGACACUUUUCACAAUCAUCAAUCAAGAUUGCCUUUACCUUUUUGGUGUAUCCGUCGUUGAUUCUUGCUUAUAUGGGACAAGCUGCCUAUCUAUCAAAACACCAUGUGAUGGCCACGAGUUACCAAAUUGGAUUCUACGUUUCUGUGCCAGAAAAACUGAGAUGGCCAGUGCUUGGAAUAGCCAUUCUAGCUGCUGUAGUUGGCAGCCAAGCCAUAAUUACUGGAACCUUCUCCAUUAUUAAGCAAUGUCAGGCCCUUGGAUGCUUCCCGCGAGUUAAAAUUGUGCACACAUCUUCCAAGAUUCAUGGACAAAUAUACAUCCCGGAGAUUAAUUGGACAUUGAUGAUAUUAUGCUUGGCCGUCACUAUUGGUUUUAGAGACACAAAGCGUAUGGGCAAUGCAUCGGGUUUGGCUGUCAUUACAGUAAUGCUUGUGACAACGUGCCUAAUGUCACUCGUCAUUGUCAUUUGUUGGCGCAAAAGUGUCUUCGUAGCACUUGCUUUUGUAUUCUUCUUUGGCGCCUUUGAAGCAUUAUACUUCUCUGCAUCCCUUAUUAAGUUUCUUGAAGGAGCUUGGGUCCCUGUUGCCCUUUCGUUAAUUUUCAUGGCUAUAAUGUACAUUUGGCACUAUGGCACUCUCAAGAAGUACGAGUUUGAUGUCCAAAACAAGGUGUCCAUCAAUUGGCUGCUUAGCUUGGGGCCGAGCUUGGGUAUUGUACGAGUCCGUGGUAUGGGUUUGAUCCACACCGAGCUUGUAUCUGGUAUCCCAGCAAUAUUCUCUCACUUCGUUACCAAUCUUCCUGCUUUCCAUCAAGUCCUAGUCUUCCUUUGUGUUAAAUCAGUGCCUGUUCCACAUGUAAAGCCUGAAGAACGAUUCCUUGUCGGUCACAUUGGGCCAAAAGAAUAUCGGCUGUAUAGAUGUAUUGUAAGAUAUGGGUACCGCGAUUUUCACAAGGAUGACUUUGAGUUUGAGAAUGAUCUUGUGUGUAGCGUAGCAGAGUUCAUAAGGGGCGAAGGUAAUAAGAUGAAUGGGUUGAAGGAUGAGUCAGAUAAGGAUAGCGAUGAGAAGAUGACCGUUGUUGGAAGUCCCUCAACUCAUGUGGAUGGGAUAAGGAUGCAUGAAGACAUGGAUGAAGACAACGAAGACUUACCAGGAACUUCCGAGCUGAAAGAGAUACGAUCUCCAUUGACCACCCCAACCCCAAAGAAAAGGGUUAGAUUUUUGUUACCCGAAACACCUAAGAUGGAAGAUAAGUCUAGGGAAGAACUUCAAGAUCUAAUGGAAGCCAGAGAGGCGGGAAUAGCAUACAUAUUGGGGCAUGCUCAUGUAAGAGCAAAGGCAGGUUCGAGUUGGGUUAAGAAGCUUGUGAUUAAUGUAGGUUAUGAUUUCUUGAGAAGAAAUUGUCGCGCGCCUUCUUAUCCGCUCAGCGUUCCUCAUGCAUCAACGUUAGAGGUAGGAAUGAUCUGCCAUAUUUAGUUAAAAUGUUAUCUGAUGCAAUGAGAUUUUGCGUAUACUUUGUAAAUGAUGUAAUUUUGCUUUGUAUAUGGAAUUGUCACCUUGUUUUGCAUAAAUUGAAAGGCGACGAUAGGAACACUAGCAGAUAAGCUAUCCAUGAAAACCUCAUACCUGCAUAAGGCAUUUGUUAUUUUUUGCGGAAGCAAUGUGCAACAACUGAAGAACAUAAUUUUAGCUCCUUGACAAAA